CCCGCCAUCCGCAAGCUGCAGAAGAGUGUCCAGGGGUAUUGUAGGCAUCCGCCGUGGGGCGACCUGUACGAACCUCACUUGGCUAGCGUUGUAAGACACUAGCAAACAUGCAAGCCGAGCACCGCAGCCUCACGCCGUCGCAUUGGUCGAAUAGCGCACCAAGAGCAUGCGUUUCCUACUUCUCGCAACGCUGGCGCAGCACACGCACGGACUCACCCUCCCGCGACGACGCCUGGGACAACUGAGUGCUGCAGCAGCAGUGGCAGCAAUCAACAGGCCAGCACGAGCGGCGCGCAUCAAUAGCGAGGGCUUCGCCUUCGACGCGCCCGACGGCUUCGAGGCGAAGCCCAAGCCGGUCAAAACGCACGCCGCCGAGGUGUUGUACAAGAACGGCAAGCGGGAAAUUGGGGUCGUCGUCGACCGCGUGCGCAUCGAGCAGCUGUCGGACUUCGGCACGCCGGCAUUUGUGGGAGACAAGGUCGUGGCCUCGGAGCGCGAGCGCGACGGCGUCACGGCCGCCGAGCUGUCGAAGGCGACGGAGCUGGUCGUCGACGGCCAGACGUACUACGAGCUCGCUUAUAGUAAUGAGUCGUCGCGGGGCAACAACAACUUUUUGAGCCGCGUCGCCGUGCGCGGCGGGCGGUUGUACGUGAUGACGCUCAAGGCGCGCGUCGACGACGCGGGCGCGCUGCCCGAGCUGAGAGCUGUUGCCGAGAGCUUUCGGGUAAGUGGAUUGUAGUGAU